GUCUGUGAGCUUUUAGCUGGCAAAAGCUUUGACUGUGGUUUUACUACACUCCUACCAAAAGCAAACUACUCUUACCUAGUUCAGAAAGGAAAACUGGAGCCCAGGUAGUAGAUUAUUAGUAGCACAGAAAGUCGCAGGGUGCACACUGAAGUUGUCAAGUAAAAGCUUUUUUAUUUAUAUCCAGGCACUUUUGAAGACGACUUGUGAUGGGGCCUUUGGAAAAGGUCCCAUGUGAAUUUCAAGAUGGCAGCGCCCAGGCUCCAUGAGAAUUAGCUCUUCAGUGUGUUCAGUUCCUUCUCAGAAAGAGAACCUGCGCCUAAAUUGCCAGUUUUUGAAUUUCCGAAGUCUAGGUUGUUCUGGCAGAGUAGCGGAGCCUUUGAAGAGCCACUGCCAUGACCUUUUGGAGUCUUACUAAAAAUGUGCAGCACAACCAUCUUAAAGUGUGCUCAAAUUGGGUCCGAAGUAUCUUCCAACGCAAUAGGUCUCUGGCCUCCCAGACCAUCAGCACAGAACUCGCUGCUGCCAGUGGCCCUUCCGGCAGUUCCGUGGAGGUGCUGGGCAAAUCAUAUCCCCGGGAUGACCACAGCAAUGUUCCAGGGAAGAUUCUCUCCAAAGUGGGAAAGAAUUUGCAUCAGAGGAAAUAUCACCCCUUGUGGCUGGUCCUGGAGAGGGUGAAGCGCCAUUUUUAUCAGCAGUAUGUGGGCCUGUACGGGACUCCACUCUUCUCAGUCUUCGAUAGCCUCUCUCCAGUUGUCACGCCGUGGCAGAACUUUGAUAGUCUCCUUGUCCCAGCUGAUCACCCGAGCCGCAAGAAGGGGGAUAACUACUACCUGAACCGAGCUCACAUGCUACGCUCUCACACUUCAGCCCACCAAUGGAAUUUGAUGAGGGCUGGCCUCAAGGCUUUCCUUGUGGUUGGAGACGUCUAUCGGCGAGACCAGAUUGACUCCCACCACUACCCUGUCUUCCACCAGCUGGAAGCCGUCCGGCUCUUCAGCAAGCGUCAGUUGUUUGGUGACAUGAAGGAUGGAGAACCCCUCCAGCUAUUUGAACAUAGUAGCCGCUCCGCCCACAAACAGGAGACCCACACCAUGGAGGCUGUAAAGCUGGUGGAAUGUGACCUUAAGCAAACACUUACCAAGCUUAUUACACAUCUUUUUGGAGUUGGUCUGGAGAUUAGAUGGGUGGACUGCUACUUCCCUUUCACUCAUCCGUCUUUUGAGAUGGAGAUCAACUUUCAAGGAGAAUGGAUUGAAGUGCUGGGCUGUGGGAUCAUGGAGCAACAGCUAGUCAAUUCAGCUGGUGCUCAAAACAAUAUUGGAUGGGCCUUUGGGCUGGGAUUGGAGAGGCUGGCCAUGAUCCUGUAUAAUAUCCCUGACAUUCGCCUAUUUUGGAGUGAAGAUGAGAGAUUCUUGAAACAAUUCUAUGUCCCUGAUAUUAAUCAGGAUGUACAAUUUCAGCCUCUUAGCAAGUAUCCAGCUUUGGUAAAUGACAUUUCCUUCUGGCUGCCCCUUCAGAAUUACUCUGAGAAUGAUUUCUAUGACUUAGUCCGAGCCGUCGGAGGGGACCUGGUGGAGAGGGUUGAUCUCAUAGACAAGUUUGAACAUCCAAAGACACAGAGAGUCAGCCAUUGCUAUCGAAUUACUUACCGCCACAUGGAGAAGACCCUCACCCAGGAGGAGGUGACACACAUCCAUCAGUCUAUCCAAGAUGGGGCUGUGCAGCUGCUGGGUGUGGGGGGCAGAUUUUGACAUGCCUACUUUGCUGGCAUCCAUCUCCCAGCUCACAGGUUCACCCAAGGAGAAAGGGACAUACUCCCAUUCACGGAUUGGAGGCAUUAGCUUUCUUUUGAUAAAUGAAUCAGUUUUUGGACUUGUAGAAAAUAAAGAAUAACUGGAAAAA